UUCAAAAUUUCCAUCAUAUUUCGAGAAGUUCAUGUGAUUCAGGUUAUUUUCACAUCUCCGGAAAUUGCUACUCAUCGAUUCCUGGAAACGUCAACAUGCAGCUGUACAUUAGUUUCGAGACGAAAAUUAGACGUUUCUUUAAAGUACACAAAAAAAUGUUUACCUAGUUUCUAAUCGAAAAAUUCUUCUAUUUCUUCAGACGCAAAUUCUACAAAGAUGGGGAUGUACUGUAGAAGAAUAUCAGUUACUGACUGGUGACGGUUACUACAUUCUUGUCAUUCGAGCAGUAAUGGGCUCUGUAACAAAAUCCACACCAAUUGUAAUGGGACAUGGCAUAUCCAUGAAUAGCCUUGCCUUUGUAACAAUGGGCAACAAAACACUUGCAUAUUACCUUCUCCAGCUAGGUUACCAGAUCUAUUUAAUUAAUUUUAGAGGAACACGAUAUAGUAAUACUCACAUCACACUAACGCAAGAUGAACCUGAAUAUUGGGAUUUUAGUUUUCAUCAAAUGGGACAAUAUGAUCUACGAGUUACUUUGGAUUUUGUUGCCAACCAAACCAAUGGCCAGAAAGCAAUUUAUAUUGGUUUUUCGAUGGGCACCACUAUUGGUAAUGUGUACUGCAUUCUAUAUCCUGAAGAAUCUGCUAGCAGAUUAUUGGGUAUGAUAGAGAUGGCCCCGGUAGCGAAUUUGACUGACAUUAGAUCUGCUGUAGGAUAUUUGUCUCCAUCCUGGCCUUUUCUCAAGGAAAUAGCGUAUGCUAUGUGGCAUGGAAAGUUAUUUCCAAUCGAUGAAAAUAGAAACGAAUUUUGUUCCAGUACCUUAUUUGGGAUCUUAUUCUGUUAUUCAAUAAGCGCCCUGAUUUUCGGACCGCACUACUCUAUGUUGGAUCCG